AGUGCAAGGACGGCUGACGGCUGUAGUGAACGAGUUUUUUUUUCAUAUGAUUGUUUAACUGUAAAGUUGCAAUCAAAUCAUUCAAAGUAAGUUACAAAAAUGGAGCAAGCGCUUUUGAUCCUGCUGGUGUACCUAUCCACAGCAGCGUCAAGUACCAAUCAGUAUCAACCAAAUAACGCCCUGUACCGUUGUGGAAUCCGGAAGCGCUUUGGUGCCCAACUGAUUCAUCACGCUCAAACAGCCGAAUUGGGACAGUGGCCAUGGCACGCGGCGAUCUACCACCGAACGGAUCGUAAGCAAGUCCCGAAUGAAGAAUAUAAAUGUGGAGCAACACUGAUCGACCAACAGCACGUGCUAACUUCGGCCCACUGUGUUACCGGUCCAAAUGGCCGAGCAUUCAAACCCCGCCAAUUGGUGAUUCACCUGGGAAAGCACGAUCUGUACGAGUUUGACAAACAAUUGCAAAUCGUGAAUGUUAGUGAGGUGUAUGUCCACGAGGAGUACAGUCCGAACCGUCACGAUGUGGCAUUGCUGGUGCUGGACGAAGUGGUUCGUUACUCGGAGUUCGUGGUUCCGAUCUGCUUGGAACCGGUUCCGGGUGGCAAAGCGGAUGACUUGGUUGGUCAACGAGGGUGGGUAGCUGGUUGGGGAGUGAAUGAGAACGGGACACUGUCACAGGUUUUGAAGACAGCGCAGAUGCCCGUGGUGGAUAUUACCGAGUGUGCGAGGAGUGAUCCCAAUUUGUUUGGAAGAUUCGUGUCGCAAGCUGUGUAUUGUGCCAGUGAUCGCAAUGGAACGAGCGUAUGUUUAGGGGACUCAGGCGGCGGUAUGUACUUCAGCGUGGGAGAUCGAUGGGAACUGCGCGGAAUAGUUUCGUUUGGUUCCCAAUCGGACACCGGUAGUUGUGAUACGAGCAAGUAUAUAAUGUUCACUAAUGUCGCAUACUACUACUCUUGGACCAGAAACAUAACGGGUGGAAGAAUUGGACAUAUCAACACCAUAUCGAAGACGAUCAGUGAAAUAAAAUGCGAAAAGUACGCUGCGAUGGCUCGAAAGCGAUCCAACGGAGUUUGCAACAACGCAAGAUCACCUCAUAUGGUUAGUGUGAUCAAUGAAAAGUUGGACAUUUCCUGCAGUGCAACAGUCAUCAGCGAGCUGUUCGUGCUAUCAUCCGCUCUCUGUGGAGAUUAUCGAUAUAAACCAUUUAAGAUUCGUGCAGGCAGUCAGGACGAUGUACUUAUCGCAGAAACAAUAACCCAUCCAAUGUUCGACCGCAGACGACGCAUGAGCAAUCUCAUGGUAUUCAAAUUGGUAGAACCUCUGGUGCUUGGUAGUAGAUUUUUGCCAGCAUGCCUAGCGACUCCCGCGACAGAAAAUCUGUACGACUCCUUAAUUGUUACCGGUUAUACUGCAAUUUACCGUCGGUUAUACGAGAAUUCCAAUGUAAAAGUUGUUUCUGCUGCUGAAUGCAUUGCCAAUCAGAAGAGUGGCCAAAACCGGAACAUUUCACAGGCUGAAGUUUGUGUCCAGGUUCAGCACGAAGAGGAAAAUGAUGGGGAAGAGUACCUCCUGGUGGCAGGAAUCGCUGGAACAUCACUGCAAUCUUUCAAUAGCCGGAGCUGUAUGUUCACGAUGCUGGGAGUUUCCACUUUGAAUAACUUUGAGCUGGAAGCCUAUACCCGGGUGGUGCCGUAUUUGCGAUGGAUCGAAAAUAUUGUUUGGGCUGAUGAAAACAGGACAGAGGAAGUAAACACAACGGAUGGUAUAACAACGAUUGAAUCGAAAAGAGCGGAACAGGCUAUCAACACGGCGACGACGACGACGGCAGCCAGUACUAUCGAUUUGUACGACAAAUAUUCUCAUGAUUUUUAUUUUCCACAUGAUUAAUAUAAGAACACUUGCUGUAUGUACCCGGCUUUGCUCGAAAUUACCAGUUCAAUUAGCAUUUCGCAGUUCAUGUUAUAAUCCGAAAAUGUUAUAACCAGUUGUUCAACAGAGUGUUUGUGGAAAAAAUAUUUUAAGUUUUUUUUUAGACGGUUGAGAGUGUUUGUGUUCAUUUGACGAGAAGGCUAAAAAUA